AUGAUGACAAACUGCAGGCCACAUGCCAUACUAAUCCUAUUCUUUGGAUUAAUUCAAGUAAGUUUUACCUUUGUAUUAUUGCUGUGGUUUAUAUGUUAUAUCAGUUUUAACAUUACAGUAGGCCUACUCUACCCUACCUUGCUUUACCCAUCCCUAUUUUACCCUCACCGUACCCUACCUUACUCUACCCUAGCUUGCCUUACCCUACUCCCCUACCUUACCCUAGCAUACCACACCCUACAGCCUCUCUAAACUCAAGAAUUUUCAGCUCUCCUCAGCCGACCCCUGUCAGAAAUUGGCAAUUUGUGCCCUAGACAAGUGUAUUCCUCAAGCCAGCGCUUAUCCGCCGGUGUUCCAGACCGUGGAGAAAAUGCUACAGUCCGCCAAUUUCGGGUGUAUUUUGGGUCCAAUGUGUUUCAAUGAGUGUGCCGCAUGUGAUUCUUGUAAAUAUGCUCAAGAUCAAAUCAAAAAAUUGCUUUUGAGGGAAGAAACUGGUAAGUUUUUCCUGAUUUCUUGACUUUUUCAACUAAAAAUCGUACUUAAUUUGAUCCAAAUGGUACUUCAACUGCAGUACGUGCUAUGUAAUACCAACUGUAAAGUACGUACUACGUAGCACUUACUACCUAUUUAGUUAUAACGCUCAAAAAUGCCAGUUUUAAGUACAAGAAUGGCCCUUUAAAAUUGACGUAUCAGCCUGUUCAAAUAAUUCUGAGCCCUCUCUCAAAACAAAUUUUUGUGGUUAGGAGACAUAGAAUUAUUUGAACAACCUAAUACAAUAAAAAACAGCUCUUUUACGCCUAAAAAUGACAACUUUCCGCCGUAUUCGCUAUGAUAUACCUAGUAUAUAGUACAUACAAUGCAGUACUUAGUAUGUUAUGUAUCUACUAUGUAGUACAUAAUUUGCAGUUACUAUGCAUUAUCUAUUCAAAAAUGGCACUUUAAUGUACAAAAAACGCAUUUUUCCUUCAAAAACCUGAUUUUAAAGGCCUUUUAUCGCAGUAUUCGCUAUGAUAUACCUAGUAUAUAACACCUACUAUGCACUUAUUCAGUACUGACUAUGUACCUACUAUGUAAUAGUUAUUACUUACUAAGUUUUUAUAUUCAAAAACGGCAUUUUAAGACAUAAAAAUCGCAUUUUAGUUGGUCGCUGCCCCAAACUGGAGAGUUGCGCCCGCACUUGUCUUGAUGACAACGUUCUAGACCCAUUCAAUUGUGUCUUCAAGAGUCGCUGCGCUCAUCACUGUUUGAAUGAGGACGACUGUCCGCCGUGCCGGGACGUUGUGAAGCGGGUAUUUACCGGUUUUUGCUAUCGGAAUGGGUUUAUCGACCAUUAUCAGCGGAAAUGUAAGCCCAUGUUCGAUGAGGUUAGUCUCGAGUUUGUCAAGGGGAGGGUGUGA